UUUAUUGAUACUAAUAAAAAAAAUGAUUUCCCAAUUAAUAUUUUUAAUAAUAUUGCUGUUGAAUAUUAUUCCAACAACUUCUGCCACGUGGAAAGAUGUUAUCAAGCCAAAACCAUUAGAUAAUUUAUCAGCUCAGUGUCUCAAUGAUACGAACACCUGGAUAAACUCGUUGGAGAUCUUCGGAACACUUUAUGCAGAGUGUAUUAUAAUGAAAAAGUGUAAUGCGAAAGAGUUGAAGGUGUUGAGGGAUAAUUUGUAUGCUGUUCAACAACUGGAUGCUUUUGGACAGUUUCCUGGAGCAGGCCUUCUGGAACUUAAAACUCUUUACGAUGGAUCUUACCAAGAAUGUCAGCGUGUCAGUGGGAAAAAGUACGAUGUCAACUACUGCUACCUGCUUCUCACACCUGGAAAAAAUGUGUCUUCUUGCGCUCCCUCAAACUCAAAAUCCUUGUAUUCCCAGUUACCAUUACGAAUUGCUGUUUGUCUCCCCGAUUCCUGCAAUCAUCAGGAUAUGAUUGACAUUUUCAAUGAAUUGUCUCCGUAUCCUUUUACAGCGUGCAGUGCCUAUUGCACAAAAAAUGAGGUGAAGAAAGACACUCCAUUCUGGGGAUUUUCAAUAUUCUUGAUCGUUAUGGUUGUCAUUGCGGCUAUUGCAUCAAUAGUAGAUUAUGUAAGAGAAACUGUCUAUGGCUUAUCGAGUCAAAAGGAAAAUAAUACAUUUUUCAAAAUUCUGCUCACCUUCUCACUUUGGACAAACGCGGAACUUCUUCUCUCCGUCAAAGAGCAAAAAUCAGGAUUUAUCAAAUCACUUGACUGCAUCCGACUUCUCUCAAUGUGCUGGGUUGUUACAGGUCACUCAUUUCUCUACCUGAUUCUCGCAGAUACUUUGGAACCUGUCUUGGACUUUCCAACUUAUUUUUGGAAUCACCUACUUUUGAAUGCUUUUGUCUCCGUGGACACCUUCUUUGUUCUGUCAGGAAUUGUGGUGGCUUACCUAUUUUUCAAGACAAAGUUAACGAAGAAAACGAUCACAAGCCCAAUGACGUGGAUUCUAUUCUACGUACAUCGAUAUUUACGGUUAACCCCUCCCGUAAUGCUUUUUAUUGGAUUUUUCACUGUUUAUACACCGUAUAUUCAAGGAGCAUUUUCAGCAUCUGAACUGAACCAAAUGGCUCCUCAAGCUGCGGCUUGCAAAACUUUAUGGUGGCAGAACCUUCUUUACAUCAACAAUUUCGACGACGGAAACAGUCAAAACAGCACUUGUUACGGAAUCACCUGGUACUUGGCAGUUGAUACUCAACUCUAUCUAGUUGCUCCAAUAGUUUUGGUUGCCUUGUACUUUUCAUUUGCUGCAGGUACUGCUAUAAUUGUUGCUGGAUGCGUUGGAAGCAUCAUCACCACGUACAUUCUAUUUGGAGUGUAUAAUGUUCCAGCAGAUAUCAUUGGGAAUGGAGAUCAAACAAAGUUCUUUAACAUUGCAUACUCAAAACCUUGGAUUCGAUGCCCGCCAUAUCUUGUGGGACUUCUCACAGGAUACCUUCUCGCCACCUAUGGAUCUAGGAAGAUCCGGCUGAACUGGGCAUUAGCCAUCGCUGGAUGGAUAACUGCAUUUGUAAUCGCUGGAUUUUGUCUUUUCGCAACUUAUGAUUACGAUAAGGGAGCACACUGGAGCACGUUCACUAGAGCCACAUUCUACAAUUUCCACCGGCUAGGAUGGGGAGUAUUUGUGUGCUGGGUUGUUGGAGCGAACCAUAUGGGAUGGGGUGGGCCUAUCGAUAAAUUUAUGUCUCAUCCCAUCUGGCAACCGUUUGGAAGACUAUCAUAUUGUGCUUAUAUUGUUCAUUGGAUGGUUUUGUAUUACUACUUGAAUGUUGGAGGAGUUCUCCAUUAUUCAUCGGCUUGGCAAGUGUUUACCUACAUUGCGAUUCCAGCUACACUUCUCUCAUAUGUUCUUGCAUUUUUCUGGAGCUGUCUUUUCGAAGUUCCAAUUUUAAAACUCGAAAAAAUGCUCAUUGAAAAGCUCAUCGGAGGAGGUGGACGAACUUCAUUGAAAGUUGAAGAUCUUGGAAAAAAUAUUGGAAAAGUGCCUGAUGAGGAAGCUGAAAACGAGAAAGUUCAGUGUGAAGCUCUGAGAAUCAAUAUUUGAAGUUUUUUAAGAACAAGAAUUUUUCUUCUGAUCUCGCUAUUUUUCACCUGGAUAAAUUUUGAAUUUCUAAUUGAA